CCGCGCCGCGCCGCGCCGCUUGGUACGGCCCACGGCGGCGAUCAUGGCGAUUGACGGUGGAGAACGAACUUGUGGUGUACAUGAGCUAAUCUGCAUUAGAAAAGUGUCUCCUGAAGCAAUUGGAUUCUUGUCUGCUGUUGGUGUGUUCAUUGUCCUCAUGUUGCUGCUUUUCUUAUAUAUUAAUAAGAAGAUGUGUUUUGAAAAUGUUGGUGGUUUCCCAGAUCUUGAUUCGGGAUAUGCUGCGAGGAAGAAUUCACAAGAUAAACUUUACAACUCGUACAUGACUAAAGACCAGCACGGCUCCUCAUCGGAGAGUGAUGACGAGGCCCUGGGGAAAUACCACGAGGCCCUCUCCAGAACCCAGAGUUCCAGGCUGCCCGUGGCGGAUGGCAGGCAGCAAAAGAACUACGUAUGGGAAACCAGGCAGAAAUACAGCCCCCUGUCCGCAGAAUACGAUGGGUACAGUAGUGAAGCCUCAAUAGAUGAAGCAAACUGCAUUCAGAGGAUGAGAAGAACACCUCCACUAGAUGAACUGCAGCCACCUCCCUACCAGGAUGAUAGCGGUUCUCCUCAUCUUUCAUGUACACCCUCUGAAGUUGGAGAUGGUAAAUGUGAAUUUUCCCAGUGUAGCAACAGUCCAAGGUGUUCAUAUAAGUGCCCGAGUGAGGGGAGCACAGGGCAUGAAAUAGAAAGCUUCCAUAAUAAAGGAUAUGAAGAGGAUGUUCCAAGCGAUAGCACAGCUGUCCUGAGUCCAGAGGAUAUGUCAGCGCGAGGAUCAUCUUCGCAGCUUCCUAAGCCUUUUGAUCCAGAGCCUGUAGCUAAAUACGGCACUCUGGAUGUGACUUUUGACUAUGACUCCCAGGAACAGAAGCUUCUGGUGACAGUGACGGCUGUCACAGACGUCCCAACGUACAGCAGGGCAGGUGGGAGCUCGUGGCAAGUGCACCUAGUUCUUCUUCCGAUAAAGAAGCAGAGAGCAAAAACCAGCAUCCAGCGGGGCCCCUGCCCUGUCUUCACAGAGACAUUCAAAUUUAAUCACAUCGAGUCAGAGAUGAUUGGGAAUUAUGCAGUUCGCUUCAGACUGUACAGCGUACGGCGCAUGAAGAAGGAGAGGGUUGUGGGGGAGAAGAUUUUUUACCUAACAAAAUUGAAUCUUCAAGGGAAGAUGUCAGUACCGGUGAUACUGGAGCCUUCUUACAAUGUGUCUGGCUGUGACUCGCAAAUGAGCAUGUCAGAAGUGUCCUGCAGUGAAAGUACCUCCUCGUGUCAGUCUCUGGUACAUGGCUCGGCUCCAGAAAUCCUCAUUGGCCUCCUUUAUAAUGCCACAACUGGAAGAUUAUCAGCAGAAGUGAUAAAAGGCAGCCACUUCAAAAACUUGGCAGCAAACAGACCACCCAACGGACUGUUCUGUUGUCUAAAACACUUGAUAGGUGGACAGGUUUAUAUAAUCCGAGAUACAUAUGUUAAAUUAACACUGCUGAACUCCAUGGGGCAAGAGAUGUCCAAAUGCAAAACAUCAAUCCGUCGAGGGCAGCCAAAUCCAGUGUACAAAGAAACCUUCAUUUUUCAAGUGGCCCUGUUUCAGCUCUCAGAUGUGACACUCAUACUGUCUGUAUAUAAUAAACGCAGCAUGAAGCGAAAAGAGAUGAUAGGGUGGAUUUCCUUAGGUCUCAACAGCUCAGGAGAAGAUGAACUCAAUCACUGGACUGAAAUGAAGGAAUCUAAAGGACAGCAAGUAUGUAGAUGGCAUACUUUACUCGAAUCCUAAUGGAUGGAUGGUGCAAAGUACAGUUGUGGUUUAAGGGAGUUUUGUCUUUUGAGAAAGACAACAUCUUUGAGAAGAUCAUCGUUUGGUCGCAGUCAAGAGAUUUUUUUGUGGAAGAAAGAAUUGAAAAUUGAAGUCAACAUUCCAUGUUAAAGAGUGCACAACAUGCAGAACAGAGC